AGAUUGAACGUCGUCAGCGUCGUCUGCAUUCUGCAUUUACAGUUAGGUUAUGUAAUGAUAGUGGAUCUGAAAAGUUAUUGGCUUAUUUGUGCAUCAGCUCAGCUUAACUUCAGUCUACGUUUUUGACAAACAACAUGUUCAUUCGACCCUUUAAAAGGGAUGCCCCUGCAUUGUUAGUGACACCUCGUUAUUUCGACUUAAUCACUGAUAAAAUUAGUGGUAGACAGCAGAGCAGUACAUCAUUUGUGCCCAAACAUUUGCCUGUCAAGGAAGAAGACAUUGAUAAGCUUGAUCGAUUAAUUUCAGUAUCCAGAAAUAUUUUAAUUUUGACUGGUGCAGGCAUUUCCACGGAGAGUGGCAUACCAGAUUAUCGUUCUGAAGGAGUUGGUCUGUAUGCCAGAAGUACCAACAGGCCUGUACAGUAUAGAGAUUUCUUGAAGUCAGAAGGUGUGCGGAAGAGAUAUUGGGCCAGGAACUAUGUUGGCUGGCCUCGGUUUUCUUCCUUUAGUCCAAAUCUAACACACUUAAGCGUAUGUAAACUUGUCAAUGACAUUGGCAUUGCUCGUUGUGUAGUAACUCAAAAUGUUGAUGGCUUACACACAAAAGCAAAAACGAAGAAUGUUAUUGAACUGCAUGGAUCAGCAUUCCGAGUUGUGUGUCUCAGCUGUGACUUCAAAAUAGAAAGGCAUGCAUUUCAGAAUCUGUUGGCCCAAUUAAAUCCUGAUGUGAAAAUUAUAGAUCAAAUGAUGCGGCCUGAUGGAGAUGUAGAAAUGACUCAAGAUCAGGUAGAAGGAUUCAACAUACCUUCAUGUCCAUCAUGUGCAGGUCUCCUGAAACCAGACAUUGUGUUUUUUGGAGAUAAUGUUCCCAAAGAUAGAGUUGAAGAAGUCCGAAAUGAAGUGAAACUCUGCGACACUCUUCUGGUUCUUGGCAGCUCCCUGACAGUUUUUUCAGCUUACAGAAUUGUUCUUCAAGCAGCUGAUCUACACAAGCCAAUUGCUAUAGUUAACAUUGGAGAUACCAGAGGUGAUCAGCAUGCUCUUAUUAAAGUUAGUGCUAAAUGUGGUGAUGUGAUCCCUCAUCUUUGUAGAUAGCCAAAUAAUGUAAUAAAAAGAUGAAACUUAUUUUCGUAAA